GUGAGGGGGGGUGGUGUGAAGUGUGUGGGGGGGGGGGGCACCCCUGCCCGUGAGUGAAUCUCUCCGAACCCUCGGAAGACAAAGGGCGGGCGAGAGGGGGCAGGGGGGCGACGAGGUGGUGGCGCGGGGGGCAACACGACAAUAGAAACACGCCACCCUACAGCAACAACAACGACAACAAACAACAACAACAACAACCGACGUCUCCAACCAAACCACCGCGACACCCCCUGCCCCCCUCUCCCCGACACACAGCCCCCCACCCCCCCAACGGCACCAUAGCCUCUCAGUGGCCGGGGCCCGGUGGCGGGGGCCUGCCCCCCCACCACCACCCCCACUCCCUCCUGGGCGGGGGGGGGAUGGCCCCCCAGGGCCCCCCCGGGGAUGGGGGCUCGAGCGAGGACGAGGACGCGGACGACAGCGGCGCGGAGGGUGGGGGCGGCGCGGGGAGCGGGGGGCCCAAUGACAAGCCGCUGGACAACGACGCUGAGGGGGUGUGGUCCCCGGACAUCGAGCAGAGCUUCCAGGAGGCGCUCGCCAUCUACCCGCCGUGCGGGCGCAGGAAGAUCAUCCUGUCCGACGAGGGCAAGAUGUACGGACGGAAUGAACUCAUAGCCAGGUACAUCAAACUUCGAACGGGAAAGACACGGACACGCAAACAGGUCUCUAGUCACAUACAGGUGCUGGCGAGAAAGAAAGUGCGCGAGAUCCAAGCCAGCAUCAAGGUCUCUAGUCACAUUCAGGUGCUUGCCCGGCGAAAAGCGCGUGAGAUUCAGGCCAAGCUCAAGGCAAUGAACAUGGAUCAGAACGCCAAGGACAAGGCGCUGCAGAGCAUGGCGGCCAUGUCGAGCGCGCAGAUCGUCUCGGCCACGGCCAUUCACAGCAAGGCCAUGGGCAUGGGGCCUGCGCUGCCACGGCCUCCCUACCCACCCGCCCAGGGGUUCUGGCCGGGGAGUCUUCCCGGGCAGCCAGGCUCGUCCGCUCAGGAUGUGAAGCCGUUUGCACAACCCGCGUACCCCAUGCAGACGAGCAUCCCCACGCCCAUCCCAGGCGGCUACGACCCCAGCACGGGUGGCCUGGUGGCCACGGCGGUCGGCCCCGCGUGGCAGGGCCGCUCCAUCGGCACCUCGAAGCUGCGACUCGUCGAGUUCUCGGCCUUCCUGGAGCAGCAACGGGACGCCGACACCUACAACAAGCACCUGUUUGUCCACAUCGGGCAGUCGAGCCCCUCGCACGGGGAUCCGCUGCUCGAGGCCGUGGACGUGCGCCAGAUCUACGACAAGUUCCCGGAGAAGAAGGGGGGCCUCAAGGAGAUGUACGACCGGGGUCCCCAGAGCGCCUUCUUCCUCGUCAAGUUCUGGGCCGACCUGAACACGAGCACGCAGGACGACACGGGCGCCUUCUACGGCGUGACGAGCCAGUACGAGAGCGCCGACAACAUGACCAUCACCUGCUCCACCAAAGUGUGCUCCUUCGGCAAGCAGGUGGUGGAGAAGGUGGAGACGGAGUACGCGCGCUUUGAGAACGGCCGCUUUGUGUUCCGUAUCCACCGCUCCCCGAUGUGCGAGUACAUGAUCAACUUCAUCCACAAGCUCAAGCACCUGCCCGAGAAGUACAUGAUGAACAGCGUGCUGGAGAACUUCACCAUCCUGCAGGUGGUAACAAACAGAGAUACCCAGGAGACGCUGCUGUGCGUCGCCUACGUCUUCGAGGUGUCCACCAGCGAACACGGAGCACAGCAUCACAUCUACCGCCUCGUCAAGGACUGAUGGGCCACCGCCAUCAUCGCUCGCCCCCCCCCCCGUACUCCCCCCCCCACACCUCAACCUGCAUGGACUCUCCCUGCUCCAGCACGUGGUCAGAGCGCUCGGGAGAGUCCACCUCGCAGUGAAGACGAGGGGGGGGGGGAUUAUCCCUGGAGUCAAGCGGUCAAGUAUCUGACGGGGAAGGGGGUCUUAGGGAUACUGCGGUGGCUGUAGGGGGUCGAACUUUUUAGCCAGAAUUUAAAGAUUGCAUUUUUAUCAUUGUUUUUAUUGUUUAUUUUAUUAUUAUUUUUGUAAAACAAAAAUACCAAUAAGGUGUCAAAUUUACUUGGACAAGCAAAGUUGCGAGUAGAUUUAAACACGUACACGUGUACAUGAUUUAAACACGUACAUGUGUGUAAGAUUUAAACACGUACACGUGUACAAGAUUUGAACACGUACGUGUGUGUAAGAUUUAAACACGUACACGUGUGUAAGAUUUAAACACGUACACGUGUGUAAGAUUUAACACGUACACGUGUGUAACAUUUAACACGUACACGUGUGCAAGAUUUAACACGUACACGUGUGUAAGAUUUAACACGUACACGUGUGUAAGAUUUAAACACGUACAUGUGUGUCAGAUUUAAACACGUACACGUGUACAAGAUUUAAACACGUACACGUGUGUAAGAUUUAACACGUACACGUGUGUAAGAUUUAACACGUACGUGUGUGUAAGAUUUAAACACGUACACGUGUACAAGAUUUAAACACGUACGCGUGUACAAGAUUUAAACACGUACACGUGUACAAGAUUUAAACACGUACACGUGUGUAAGAUUUAAACACGUACACGUGUACAAGAUUUAACACGUACGUGUGUGUAAGAUUUAACACGUACGUGUGUGUAAGAUUUAAACACGUACACGUGUGCAAGAGACAAAGAUCUCCUCCCCACGUAUAGCCUUUACCAGGCUACUUGGGCAAGUGUUGUUUGCAAGCGCCUAUUAAGGCCCAGUACAGCAGACGAGGGGUGGGUGAUCAGCACCCACGGCCCGGCCGCCUUUGUCUCUCGAGUGGUGAUGUUUACACAUCGCACCAGGUACUUAUUUGAGGCUGAGUCGACCCACGGGAGGCCCAGGACCGCUUCAGAUAACAAGCCGCGAAUCGAACU